AAAUAAAAAAGGCCAAAAAUACAAAACAGAGAACAACCGCAUUGGGCAUUUUCACGCACAUUUUGCGCGGCCGACAAGAAGUGCCCGGACCGUCACAAGUUUUGCGCCGUCUCCGGCCGAGCCGACGUUGUCGCACUCAUGUUCCGUCAACGAACAAGUUCGCAAAAGCCCGCCGACGACCUGCUGGCCAAUUUCAGGCAACAAUUCCCUGAAGUGGCCGUCGUCGGCUCAUCCGCCACUACAGCCGCUCCGGCUAGAACGGCAACCGCGGGGCAGCAUGUCGAUGUCCCCGGCACCGGACCGGAAAGGUCCCAUAGCAUCAGCCAUGAAGCGUUCCGGGACCAAGACCCCACCCCACGGGCAUCGAACGAUCCCUGGCGGUUCACACCGUCCUUGCUAGACCCGGGCACAUUCUCGUUCGCCAACUUUCCAAAUCAACCCCCCGGGUACUAUACCCCGACCCCGGGUGGGACCAAUACCAUUUACCACCCGCAGGCCGGCGACCUUCACACGCCCACUCUGGGUCUGGGUAUGGGCCUCGGGACCCCGUUAUCAAUGCCAAAUUCCGAGGGCGCAAUACACCCGGGCACGGUACACUCGGGCGCGGUACACGCGGGUGCGGUACACGCGAGCGCAGCACCGAUGGAUAUGACUGGUUUUCACCCCGGCUUUCACCCCCAACCGUUCCAGCAGUUCAACCCCUUCAUCCAACCUCCUCCACCACAGCCGUCAUUCGCACCGUCGUCAUUCAUGCACCAAGAUACCGGGUACGAAACGAUGGACCAGGGGUCGCCAAUGGAUUCCGACCAUGCCGACGAACGGAUCCGAACUAUCGACGCCAAUUUUCAGAGCCAGUCCCCCAUGGUGGCUUUCCAAACAAGACAGUUCGGAAUGGCCACGUCCGUACCUCUCCCGGCGUCGGCCGAGAAGUUCCGCUUCCACUCGGCUCUCAACGCGCCGACCGCUAUGAUCAAGCACGCCGACGAGAUCCCCGUUACUUACCUAAAUAAGGGCCAAGCGUACUCGUUAUCCAUCGUCGAUACGAUGCCUACGCUCCCCAUUGUGCCGGGCACGCGGUUCCGGACCUUUGUGCGUGUCUCGUUUGAGGACGAGCAGCAGCGGCAGAAGCCAGGGGUGUGCUGGAGCCUAUGGAAGGAAGGACGCGGGACAAACGAGGCCCAUCAAAGAGGAGGAAAACUGCAGGCGGUCGAGUAUGUCGAGGCGGGGCAGCCGGCAGAGGGGGACGACAAGAAGACGCGCAUCGAGUUGGAGACCUCGUCAUUUGACGGCUUCUCGGUCGUCUGGACUCCCGGUGUGAACGGGGCGGCCGUCGAGUGCAACAUUGCCGUCCGCUUCAACUUUCUUUCGACCGACUUCAGCCAUUCCAAGGGCGUUAAGGGUAUCCCCGUCAGGCUCUGCGCCAAGACGCACCUCCUGCCGGCGGACGGGUCGCCCCCGACAGACACCAAUAACGCCCCGGAGAUCUGCUACUGCAAGGUCAAGCUGUUCCGCGACCAUGGAGCUGAGCGCAAGCUCUCCAACGACGUGGCACACAUCCGCAAGACCAUUGACAAGCUAAAGCAGCAGAUCGCGCAGGCCGAGAGCGGCAUGAAGGAUUUCGGCAAGCGCAAGAGAACAGCGGGCGGGUCGCAAAUGAAAGGACAGAGCGGGCAACGCCCCGGCAAGGUGCAGAAGCACAAGCGCACGUGGUCCAUGUCCUCUGCCAGCUCGGCUGGCGGCGGCGCGCGGGUACCCCUAGAAGAGGACCUCCACUUCAAGCUCCAAACCCUCCAGGACAUGUUCACCAGCACCCGCCCCGUGAGUAUACUGUACCUACGCGGCGAGGAGCUCGACGACCCGGACCUCCACCCGGUCUCCCUCCCCGGCGAGUCCCUCGAUCUCAGCAAGGUUGAGUCCCGCGACAGCAACGCUUGGCGCAGCGGGCGGAGCUCCGUCACCGGUUCCUCCCUGGUCUCACCAUCCCCAAGCUCGCUCUCGCUCCACUCCCAGGCCUCGGUUAGCGGCAAGCCGCCUCAAUGGCAGGACUACCAAAUGGGCGGCAACACUUCGGACCCCUCCUCACGCGACAAUAGCCGUCCCCUUCAACACCAACCUACCCGAGUCCGCCAGGUCGACGAGGCCGGAAACCUGACGGGCUGGAUUGAAGCCCUCGGCGUCGACGCCUCUUACCGCCCGCCUGCCGACCGCGCUGCCCCCAAGCCCAUUGCUUGCUUCUACGUCGCGCGCCGCACACCUUCCGGGGACCCCUCGGCAGCGGCCGGGCAUGACCUCCACCGCGCCGUCUACCUCACCCAGCGCUCAGUACGCGACCUAGUCGGGCGCCUCGCAGCCAAGUGGCAGUUCGACCCGGCCCGCGUGAUGCGCACCGUACACGUGGUCGAGCCGCGCGGCCUCGAGGUCGAAGUCGACGACGACGUCAUCCGCGAGCUGCCCGAGGGCCUGGACAUGACGCUCGAGAUCGUCGAGAUCGGCAGCCCCCCCGCUGGCGGCGGCGGCGCCGUCAAGCGCGAGUGGGAGAUGGCGCUCGACGCCCCCGGCGAAUCGGACCUGCCCUCGCCGGAGAGCAAUGCCGCGCUCGGUGUGAUUGAGCUGCGGCUGCGGUACUGAAAGGAGGGCGGGGUGUUGUUGAUGAUAUUUUAUUUACAUAUGUGAUGGGGAUGACAUGGUUUGGGCUGGAGAGGAAACACAUCACUCUAUGCGUGGAUAAAUAGGGGUAGGGUAAGGUCGGUUGGGCGUCUUUGUCUCUCGGGCGCAGUUUGGCUCG